GAAAUAAGUGGUGGUGGGAAUGAAAAAGAUGGCACCUAUGUUUUAAAAACUCUGUUAGAAGAUACUUCCAACCUUCCAAUUGAAUGUAAGGACGGCUGUGUUUACACAAAAGAUGGAGAAGACUGGUUAUUUUUUUCUUCCAAGAGGACAAGUUACUCCUGUUUCAUACCCGUGCAUAGAGGAUCCUUAUUCCUUGCCUUUUACACUUAGCUGGACUCCUGGUGGUAAGACAUAUUUCACCUGAGUGAAAUAAUAUAAUAAAAUACUACAGAUA